AUGGGGAACACAAAGAGUAGUGCUUUAUCAAAGGAGCUGCUUGAAGAACUGAAAUCCAACACAAAAUACACAGAGGCUGAGCUCUGCACAUGGUACCAGUCCUUCCUGAAGGAGUGUCCUAGUGGAAAGAUCAGCAAGCAGCAGUUUGAAGGCAUCUACGCCAGCUUUUUUCCAGAUGCAAAUCCCACAGCAUAUGCACGACAUGUAUUCAGGAGUUUUGACACCAAUGCAGAUGGCACUUUGGACUUUAAGGAAUACAUUGUUGCCCUGCACCUCACCUCCGGGGGCAAGACUUUGCAGAAACUCGAGUGGGCCUUUGCCCUGUACGAUGUGGAUGGAAACGGGACCAUCAGCAAAAAUGAAAUCCAAGAGAUUGCCAGGGUACUCUAGCUAUUUCACUGAAAAAGGGCUGAAAAAAUCUGGAAGUUCUUUGGGAAGAAGGAAAACGAUAAAAUCUUAGAGGGAGAGUUCAUUCAGGGUGUGAUGGACAACAACGACAUCCUGCGAUUGAUACAAUAUGAUGAGCCUCAGAAAAUUAAAGACAAGCUGAAAGAGAAGAAACUAUUAACAGCAGGUUUUAAUGGCAUCAAUGGUAGCAAUGGCAUCAAGAGAAGGAAGAAAAAGGACCUUCAGAAGGAUCAUGAGGAGCUGCAGCAGCAGGUCAAAAGCCUUCAGUGUGAACUUGAGAAUGAAAGAAGUAUCACACAGACAAGGAGGAGCAAGAUCAUCAUGCAGAAAAAAGCUGAUGACAAGGACAUGUUUUAUCAGAGAGAGAUGGAGGAGCUGAGGAAUCAUCUCAAGGUUCAGACCUCACUCAACCUGCAGCUCUCCACUGAGCUCAGUGCUGUGAAAAUCACCAAAAGUGAAACACCUGAAAAUGAGCCUGAGGAGCAGCAUGAGGAUGAACCGUGCAAGACCGAGGAGUCCCUCCCCAAUGCGCUCCAUGAUCAAGAGCCCACGGAGAAGACGGAGGUCUCUGCAAAGAGCAUCCCAAAGACAGGAAAAGAGAAAUCGGUCUGGAAGAGAAUCCACCACUCUCUGGGACUGAGGAAACCAAAGAGGUGGAAGAAGUGA